GGAAAAAGGCGAGAACACCGCAACCCUUACCUCUCGUUCUAUAAAAGCGACACCCAUUCCCAUCGCUACGCCGCUCAUUUCUCACACCCGGAUCCAGCCCUUUCCUUCUCUACCAACACCAUGGCCGCCUCUUCCCCACGCGAGGAGAACGUCUACCUGGCCAAACUGGCCGAGCAAGCGGAGCGCUACGAGGAGAUGGUCAAGUUCAUGGAGAACGUCGUAGCCGCUGUCCCGGACUCCGAGGAGCUCACUGUCGAGGAGCGGAACCUCCUCUCUGUCGCCUACAAGAACGUGAUCGGUGCUCGCCGUGCCUCCUGGCGCAUCGUCUCCUCCAUCGAGCAGAAGGAGGAAGGCCGCGGGAACGCAGAUCACGUGGCCACGAUCCGGGAGUACAGGUCCAAGAUCGAGACUGAGUUGUCGGAUAUUUGCGCCGGAAUUCUGAGGCUUCUGGACGAGAAGCUGGUGCCAGCCGCAGGGAGCGGGGAUUCCAAGGUUUUCUACUUGAAGAUGAAGGGAGAUUACCAUAGGUACUUGGCUGAGUUCAAGACCGGAGACGAGAGGAAACAGGCGGCCGAGAAUACACUCACCGCCUAUAAAGCUGCUCAGGAUAUUGCAAACACUGAACUGGCUCCAACUCAUCCCAUCCGUUUAGGAUUGGCUCUGAACUUCUCUGUGUUUUACUAUGAGAUUUUGAAUUCUCCUGAUCGUGCUUGCAACCUUGCAAAACAGGCUUUUGAUGAAGCCAUCUCUGAGCUAGACACUUUAGGAGAGGAUUCAUACAAGGAUAGCACCCUGAUAAUGCAACUUCUUCGUGAUAAUCUGACUUUGUGGACCUCAGAUAUGCAGGAUGAUGGAACUGAUGAGAUCAAAGAGGCAUCCAAAAAGGAGGACGAGAAAGAACAGUAAUGCAACUAACUAAUCAUCACGAUUUCAGUGUUCUUCUCUGGUUGUUUUUUUUUUUUUUUUUGUUUGUUUAGAGAGGUUGUUUCAUUUCGCCUUCUUUUAAAGUACAAGUAUUUAGGGAUUCAUGCAUGAAGUUAUGAAGCUGCAGAAUCGUUUCUUAGUAUUUCACGUCAUAAUUCUUCUGGACUUGGAAAUUUGCUAGCCGCAGUGAUGUGUACUAUUAUUUUAGUUGUUUUCUCAACAAUAAGGGAGUUGAUUUGAUAUUUUUCCAAGCUUAAUGUUUGUAUGAAACCAUCCUUCUGUUAUGUACCUCUUUAAUACAAUUUUAAUUUUAUAGUUUGUUUAGGAUAAUGCGCCUAUAACUGUGGUUAU